AUGGAAAAGGAACAACAAGAACAAGAGCAACCCUUUAUGGAAGCAGAAGUUUUCUCUGUUUUCAUCAAAACUUUGACUGGUAGUAAAUUGAAACUCCAAAUUACUAAAGGUGACUCUACAUUGGAAAUUAAACAACUUUUAGCAGAAUGUGUAGAGACCAGUUACAUUACUAGUUAUGAAUUCACAGUGAAAGGAAAGACUUUGGAUGACUUUUCCGACAUUGCUGAUUAUCCUGAAAUUAAAGAUGGAGUAGAAAUUAAUAUGCACACACUGCCAUAUGAUAACAAAUCAGCUAGAACUCACGUAUAUCGUUUGAGAGAAUUACUUUAUUCUAAAAUUGACGAUUUGUAUCUUUCUACUGGCAUUGUCCAUUCUGCAACCAAAAACAACCAACAUUCCUUCCCUUCAUUCUUCUCAUCUGUGAAUUCUGAACUGUAUAACGAUUUGGGUCAUGCUUUAAAUUGUGAUUUGGAAUUUUUACAAUUAGAAGGUCAAACACUGCCAUCCCAUCAAUCUUCACAAUCAACAAAUACAGAUUCAUCAGCUGGGGAAACUAAAAAGAAAAAGAAGAAGAAGGUUUCAACAUCUUCUUCAAAGAUUGAUCGUGUUGAAUUAAAGACUGUGGUAAUGAAUGAAGAAGAAAAUGGCAAUGAAGGUAAUUCCGAUGAAAAGAAACCAAAUCUUACAAACAAGAUUAGCGUUGUCGAAUUGCCACAAACACCAGAAGAAUUUAACACAAAGAAUUUAUAUGAUGCCGAUUCAUUCAAAAUUGGCUCUCUUGAACCUCUCAUCAUGCUUUCUAAUACUGAACUUCCAAAAUGUGUCAAGAGUAUUACCUUCUCUGCAUGGAAUCCUGUUCCAGAACACAGAAAAAUCAAGGGUGACUUGUUCUACUUGCAAAUUGAAACUUUGGAAAAUGCAAUUUUCCACAUUACUGCCACACCUUCUGGAUUCUAUGUGAAUGCUACAAAGGGUAUCAAGUUCAAUCCAUUACCUUCCAGCAAGCCACACAAGAAUCAAACACUUCUUGGUCUUAUUUGUGACAUUUCUCCAUUGUUCAGAGCCACUUUCCCAAAACUCUUGAGUUCCAGAAUUAAGAAGCAUCCAUUUGAGGUCACACCAGUUCCUUUCCAUGUCAGAAAGUGGAUUAAUAUUGAGGAAAAACACGAAUAUGAUCCAAAUAGAGCUGAAGAAUCAUUCUUUACCAUGUUGGGAACUGAUCCAAGAAUUCAACAAAGAGAAUGGAAUGAAGAAUAUCAAAAUUGUAAGGAGCUCCCUUCAGGAGCUAUGGAUGAAAGAUUGAUUAGAGAUAGAACUCUUUUCAAGAUUCAUUGUGAUUUUGUUGAUGCUGCUGUUAAAGGUGCCAAGGCAGUUGUUGAUAAGAGCCUCUCACCAAUCAAUCCAACUGACAAAAAAUCAUCCCACGUCUAUAUUCAAAACAAUAUCUUCUUUAGUUUUUCAAUUAAUACUGAUGAACCAAAGGAUGAAAAUGAUAUGGAUCAAUAUGCUUAUGAAAAUGCCAAUAAUGACCUCAAGGGUGUUAUUGCUUUCAAUGAAGCUGAUGUUCCUGGUGUUCACACUCUUGCAUCUGCAAUUGUUGACUAUAGAGGUUACAGAGUUGUCGCUCAAAGUAUUAUUCCAGGUAUUUUGCAAGGUGAUCAAGGAUCUAAACAUGUCUAUGGUUCUAUUGAUGAAGGAAAAUCAUUUGUCACAGAUCCAAAGUACCACUCUCUCAUGAAGGAAGCUGCUGAAAAGCUCCACAUUAAGGAACAUACCAUUAUCGAUGAAAGUGGAAAGGAACAUACCAUUUUGUGUCCAUCCGAAUGCAAGGGUAUUGUUGGUUCAGAUGGUCGUUUCUAUGUUUUGGAUUUGAUCAGUAUUACUCCAAGAGACACCAAUUUCCUUGAAAAUAAGAUUGCCAUUUUCAGACCAGAAUUGAUUCAAAGUUAUGUCACUACUCAAAAGAAACGUAAACAACAAGAAAAGAAGGAAGAAACUGAGGAAAAGAAGGAAGAAACAAAGAAGGAUGAAUUGGUUAUUGCAUUCAAUACUGAUAUUCACUCUAACACCAAGUUGGGAGGUUCUCAAGAAGUUAUUGAUCAAGAUAUUCAAGAGGUUCAAAAAUUGGGUAAAUUCCUCCUCGAAUUCCUCCUUCCAAAGUUUGUUCAAUCAUUCAAGCUCAGAGAAGAAAAUCCAUUUGAUGGUAGAACUCUCACUGAUGCCAUGCAUGAAAGAGGUAUCAAUAUGAGAUAUCUAGGUAAGAUUGCUGAACUUGCCAAGGAACAUUCUGUUCCUCAUCUUAUAAUGAUGUGUAAGCAAGAAAUGAUUACAAGAGCAGCCAAACACAUCUAUAACAAGUAUUUGAGAAGUGUUGAAGAUUCCAAUUUGGCAACCUUUAUUUCCAAAUUCUUGUGUUGCAUCUUUGGUACCAAUGUUGAUGAACAUGAACCAAACAAGAAGGAUAAGAAGGCUCUCGAAGAGACUGACAUUACUCAAGCUACCCUCUUCUCCCUCAUUAAGGAACGUGUCAAGACUCAUUACAGAUUUGAAUUAGAAGAUGAUUUUAUCACUAAAUUCAAGACUAUUGCUACUGUUAGAAGUUUCUGUAUGAAGAUUGGUCUUCAAAUUCUCUUGAGAGAAUACCAAUUCAAUACUGCUAAUCCUUUCAACCAAAAUGAUAUUCUUUCCCUUGAACCUGUUGUCAAACACAGUACACCAAGAUCAAAGACUGCACACAGUCUCUUGGAUGUUGGUAGACAACAACUCACUAAAGGAAAUUUUGAAAUGGCCUUUGAAUUCCUCUCACAAGCCAUUAUCAUGUUCCAACAAGUUAAGGGCCCAAUGAAUAACGAAGUAGCCACCUGUUUCAGUUUCCUUGCCACCAUUUUAUUUAAUGCCUCCGAUUUACCUCAAUCUUUCUUACAUCAACAUAACGCCUUAUUAAUUUCCAGAAGAGUUAUGGGAUUGGACAGUGCAACCAUUUCUCAAAUUCACUCACUCUUAGGUUUAUUAUGUUUCAAUGUUGGACAAGCUGAGUUUGCUUUGAAACACUUCUUGAGAGCUAGAUAUAUUCAUGUUUUGUGCUGCGGAUUUGAUCAUCCAGAUCUUGCCCACAUCAUGCUCAAUAUUGCCAUGAUGUAUCAAGAUAUGGGAGACAUGCAAAGAUCUCUCAAGUACUUGCACGAAUGUUUAAGAAUUUAUAAUGCAACUCUAGGUGAAAAUUCUGAUCAAUCAGCAACCACUCUCCAUGCCAUUGCCAUGACCUACAACUUCCUCAGACAAUACAAGAAUGCUGUCACUUUUGAGAGAAAGAAUUACUUGAUCUUAAAAGAAAAGUAUGGUGAAAAUGAUCCAAAAGUCAAGGAAUCUGAACAAUGGUUUGAACAUUUUACAGGAAGAGCUGUUGCUGUCGAGAGAGAAUUAAAACAAGGUGAACAAGAAGCAAUGAAAUUAUGGAAUUUACAACAAUCUAUGGGAAAUGGACAAGCGUUCUCUAAGAAACCACCUGUAGAAAUUUUAAAUCUCUUAAAGGAAGACCAACAAAUUUUAUCCAAUCUUAUCAAUCCACCUCCACAAACUACCCCUUCAUCCACUAGUACCACCACAUCAAAGAAAAAAUCCAAGUAAACAACCCAAUUUUGAUCUU